UGCAGGCCAGACCAGGGCUGAAUUGUCGUACCCAGAGAGAUGGCCGUGCACCGUGUUCUCGCUCUCCUGUUCCUGAUCGUCGUUCCACAGCUUGUUGUGGAAGGCUGCUGGCCGAGCAAGAUUGAAAAACGCCCGAUGUCUCGGUGCGAGAAGGAGCGCGCAGAAAGCCGGGCCGGUCGGGGGAAGAUGUUUGUGAAGCAGUGCGCCCCGGACGGGAGUUACAGCACCAUGCAGUGCGCCUGGACAGGGGACUUCUGCUACUGCGCGCACCCCGACACCGGCGUGCUGUUCCCGGAGACCAGGAUGCGCGGACAGCCGUUUGGCUGCGACACUUACUAUAUCCUGAGGGAAGAUCAGCGCACCCCAUGUGAGAAGCAGAUGUUUUCCGCAAAUCCUGACAUGCUGCCGGGAGGUUUCAUCAAAGAGUGCGAGGCGGACGGGUCCUUCAGGAAAGAGCAGUGCAGCCCUGAAGGCCUGUGUUUCUGUGUGAACACAGAGACGGGCGAGCUGUACGGACAGACAGGCAGCCGCGGCCAGAUCAACUGUGCCGAGUACGAGGCUUCGCAUGAUGAACCUAAAAUCGAAGCCCAGGCCACCCUCUGUGAAAAGCAACAGUUCUCCCGAAAUCCCGCGAUGCUACCCGGAGGUUUCAUCAAAGUGUGCGAGCCGGACGGGUCGUUCAGGAAGGAGCAGUGCAGCCCUGAAGGCCUGUGCUUCUGCGUGAAUACAGAGACGGGCGAGAUUUACCCAUCUUUCAGCAGCACCAGCGGCCAGAUCGACUGUGCCGAGUACCAGGCUAUGGUCCCUCCAGAGGAAGACGAAGACGAACGUACUCCCUGUGAGGUCCAGAAGGACUCCGACAACCCCGCGGAGUUACCAGGAGGUUUCAUCAAGCAGUGCGAGGCUGACGGAUCCUUCAAGAAAGAGCAGUGCAGCCCGGAAGGCCUGUGUUACUGCGUGAAUAAAGAGACGGGCGAACUGUACGGACAGACGGGCAGCCCCGGCCAGAUCAACUGUGCUGAGUACGAGGCUAUGCAUGCGGCAGGAGAAAACUGGAACGGAGGACGCUGAUCCGAGUAUAACCCAGACCAUAGAGGUGGAUCGCAAUCCUAGGAGUCGAUCAAUAAGAAAUGCUGAUUGCAGACGCAAGACAUCAAGUGCAGAGACGUGUUUAAGUCUCUUUUUUUUGUGACGAGAAUUUCCCUUUUGUGUGUGUGAUUAGAAAGGUGGUGGUUGAUUAUUUGCCACGUACAUCCAAGCUUAUUAAGUGAUGAUUUGAGAAAUAAAGUUUGACAGAGCAACAA